AUGAUCAACCAGGAGACUCUAGUUCGUUCAAAUGGGAUAUUUCAUGGUCUUCCAACCUAUCCUAGUACCCCAGGUACCCAAAACCUGACGGCUCUUGUGGCCGGAGCUACGGGUCUAUCUGGCUCUCACAUGGUCAAAGUGUUAGCUGCGUCACAGCGCUGGAGAAAGAUUUACUGCCUGAGUUCGAGGCCUCCUCCAGAGAACUUCUUCGCUGAUCUUGGAGAUGGCAGUGGGAAAGUCGAGCACGUGGCCAUUGACUUUCUUCGACAGCCAGCCCAGAUUGCAGAAUGUCUUAGCGACAAGAUCGAGCACGUUGAUCACGUAUUUUACUUCUCGUAUAUGCAGCCACCUCCCAAAGGUGAUGCUUUAGACCUCUGGGCACAUGCUGAUGAGCUCGCAAGGAUCAACCGUAAGCCACCUUCUCCCUUGUUUCAGAUUUUACUGACCUUCCCGCCCGCCCCUCAAGUGUCUUUAUUCAAAAAUUUCGUCGGUGGUCUACAGCUAGCAGGCUUAAAACCCAAGAAAUUUAUGCUCCAGACGGGAUCUAAACACUAUGCGUUUUACCUUGGCCCGGCGGCAAUUCCAGCUUUCGAGUCUGACCCGCGUGUGACGAUCGAUGACAAUUUCUACUACGCACAGGAAGAUGCGCUCGCCUCUUAUUGCAAAUUAAACGGAUCACAAUGGGCCGUAUCACGGCCUACAUAUAUCAUCGGAGCAGUCCGUGACGGGUCUCUCAACCAUCUCAUCGGCUUCGGAAUUUACGCUUCGGUACAGGCGUACAGGAAGCAGCCGCUGUUGUUUCCGGGAGACUACCGUGCUUGGGACCGUGAGCAGCACCAGAGUUCGGGCUUGCUGAAUGCCUAUUUCCAAGAAUGGUUGGUUCUGUCUGAAAGCACCGCUGGUGAAGCAUUCAACAUCCAUGAUGGAGAUUCAUUCACUUGGGGGCGGCUCUGGCCCUAUCUUGCUCAAUGGUAUGGUAUCGAGUGGCAUCCUCCAGAGACGGAUGAUUCCAAGUAUCGAACUGUAAAGAUGGCGCUUCCCACAACACCAAGAGGAUAUGGCCCUCAGGCAACAAUGAGGUCAACAUUCAGCCUUCUUGAGUGGUCUUUGAAACCCGAAGUUGAGCAAGCAUGGAAGGAAAUUGCUCACAAGCAUGACCUGGUGCUGAAUCCAUUUGAUCCUCUUUACCGCGCUCGCAUCUUCUCAUUCUCUGACUCGGCCGUGAUCGGGGAUGGCGCAAUGACCUUGAGUAUGCGGAAGGCUCGCAAUCAUGGCUUUUUCGGCACUUUGGACUCUUAUCGCUCCAUAUUUGACUCUCUACAUGAGCUUGCCAGACUGAAGAUGAUAAUGCCACCAGUUGUGGGUGAAUUUGUCGAAUAG